AUGGCGUCUGCACAGCCUGUUCCGUCCUCGAUGAGGCGGAAUCGUGAUGCUUCUCACGCAGAGGUGCCGAUAGGACGCUACAUACGGCUGGAACAGAUCGGUCGAGGUAGCUUCGCAACCGUCUAUCAGGGAGUACAUGCCAAACAUCGAUCCUACGUCGCCAUCAAAUCGGUCAAUCUAUCCAAACUCAAUAAGAAACUGAAGGAGAAUCUGUGGUCAGAAAUCGAUAUUCUAAAGGGCCUCCAUCAUCCGCACAUUGUCGCUUUGAUCGAUUGUCAUGAGACCACAUCCCACAUUCACUUGGUUAUGGAAUACUGUGCUUUAGGAGACCUUUCUCUUUUCAUCAAGAGACGCGACACACUGCGGGACCAUCGGUAUACACGAGACAUGAUUGCCAAGUACCCAAACCCGCGGGUUGGGGCACUGAACGAAGUCGUUGUCCGCCAUUUCCUGAAACAACUUUCUAGCGCUCUCAAAUUCCUUCGCGACCGAAACUUAAUACAUCGGGAUAUCAAGCCCCAAAACCUUCUACUUUGCCCUUCACCUUCGUCAUAUCGCAAUGCUGGCACUCAAGUAGUGCCAUUUAAAGGAAGUGAUGACUCUUUUACUCCCCUAGCUGGCUUGGAAACCCUUCCAAUGCUUAAAAUAGCCGACUUUGGUUUCGCUAGAUCCUUGCCAUCGACGUCUUUGGCUGAAACCCUCUGUGGCUCUCCGCUCUACAUGGCCCCUGAAAUUUUACGAUAUGAAAAGUACGAUGCCAAGGCCGACUUGUGGUCCGUCGGCACGGUCUUGUAUGAGAUGGUUGUCGGCAAGCCUCCGUUCAUGGCAUCAAACCACGUUGAGCUACUCCGCCGAAUAGAACGGCACAAAGAUAAGAUUCGGUUUCCCGACGAACUCGAAAUAUCCGCCGAUAUCAAAUCUCUCAUUCGAGGCCUCCUCAAGAUGAAUCCAGUGGAGCGGAUGAACUUUCCUGAAUUCUUUGAUAACAUCGUCAUCCAAGGAAGCAUCCCUGGCCUUGUAGGAAACGACCUUACUCCGUCCCAACCCGCCUUUUCCAUCCCGGACCAACCGGGGCCUGCUUUAUCGAACGACAAUAGAUCCGCCGAUGUACAGGAUCCUAGGGAGCAGCUAGAGGAUAUCAGGGAGCCUUCAGCAACUCAAUCCCCGAUUCCUGCCUCUCGACGGACAAGCAUCCCGCAGGUCGACCUAGGCACGUCGCCACGGUCAGAACCAAUGCAGCGAAAUGCUAGCGGAGACAAGUUACCCCGGCCGAGUGAUGCACAACGUGCCGCGGGUAUCGGUAGGCGGCCAGGUCCUAUUUCACAGGUGACUGCACCAGGCCGACAAGAGUUGGUGGACAAAUACCAAGGAGUGCCUGAGCGACGACCGAGCCGCAACUCGCCUUAUCAAUCUCCUAUAAUAAAACAAGAAGAGGACCCAACGAUAAAGGACGAGCGUGAAAGAGCUGCUCAGGACAUAGCCUUUGAGCGCGAUUACGUUUUGGUGGAAAAGCGCGCAGUGGAGGUCAAUGCCUUUGCUGAUGAGCUAGCUAAUAGUCCCCGAAUAGUGCAGCCGGGGUCUCGAGUAUCUGGUGGUAUUGUGCGACGAGCAACAAUGCAAUCCGUUCCUUCAUCAAACAAUCCGCCGGCAUCUCCGAAAGCUAUUCAGUUUACCGGGCGUUCUCGAGCGGACUCGCACACGCGGCAAGGCUCGUACGAGCGGCGAUAUGGCCAGAGCCCGUCAUCUGCCACAUCAGCUAUCUCGAAGGCAUUGAACAUGGCCAGUGGGCGGCUAUUUGGAGUCAGCUUUUCACCACCAAUAGGACUGAGUAAGGGAGGACGAUCACCGCCACUGACUUAUAAUCCAUACCCGACCUAUCCAGCGGCACAAUACAGUUUGUUGAUGGGUACCGAAGGAACUAAGACGAACACCGCUUUGGAUGAAGAUACAAAAACCGUUCAGUACAUUGAGGACUGCGCUACUCGGAGCGACGUUGUUUAUGGAUUCGCUGAGGUGAAGUAUAAGCAGCUGAUUCCGCUUACUCCGUCUGUGCAGACAGAUUUGGACAAGGGCGGGGACCAGGUCUUUUCGGACUCUGAUGACGGCGAGUUAACGCCGGAUGCCGUGGUAACUUUGUCCGAAGAAGCUCUGGUCCUGUAUGUAAAGGCUUUGGCACUUCUGGCAAAGUCAAUGGAUAUUGCAGGGGCUUGGUGGGCUCGCAAAAACCGAGGCGAAGUCUUUGGCGACACGGCUCAAGGUACCUCUACGACUAAUGCCCUUGUUGGGACACGAAUCAACAACGUCGUCCAAUGGGUACGCAAUCGGUUCAACGAGGUAUUGGAGAAGGCGGAAUUCGUUCGACUGAAACUCAUUGAGGGCCAGAAGCGUUUGCCAUCAGAUCAUCCAAGCCAUCCAAGCAAUCAUUCCUUGGAAUCUAAUUCUGCCGGUACCCUAGGCACAUCUACAGAUCACGUUGUGGUUAGUUCCGGCGUCACUGCGGAGAAGCUGAUGUACGAUCGUGCUCUUGAGAUGAGUCGAGCAGCGGCUAUCAACGAACUCACCGGAGAGGAUUUGCCAGGGUGUGAAAUUGCAUAUAUAACGGCAAUUCGCAUGCUUGAGGCGGUCCUUGAGAGCGACGAACUGUCUCAGUCUAACAAAGGUGACCGUGCCGGUGAUCCAGACAAGAUAUACCUCGAUGGAGUCCAGGUUGAGGACCGCAAAGUAGUUAGCAAACUCGUUUCAAGCAUUCGUUCUCGCCUGGCAUCUCUUCGCAAGAAGAUUGCCGUUAUGGCCAAGCACUCGUCGGCGCCUUUGGGUACAUCACCCGGCAAAAUCGCAACGGCAAAGGUGCGACCGGCUUCUCCUGCGAUUGCAGGGAUAAGUCCACCUCGGUGA